AUGAGCUCCAGAAGAAGGCCACCUCCUUUCCUGCCCUGGAAAUACCCGAGGUUUGUAUAUUGUUUUGAGAGACCAAUUUCAAGACAAGCUUUGCCCAUCGUCCAUCAAAGCUCACCGGUGCUUUAUCUUCAUUCCGAGUUGGCUGCUCAUCAGACUCCAGGCAGACUGCUGCCAAAAGACCCUGCUGCCCGGGACCUCCAUCCAUCACCUUGUGGGCAGCACUCUGCCUCAGGUAUGCUAAAACUCAGGUGGAGACACCGUGCCUGCUGGGAAGUAAACCUUCCUAACUUGGCUUCCUGGAGAAGAUCUGAGCAACCAGUCGUUGAGAUGCUUAAGAUUCCCAGAGAUGGAAAGGUUACAGGAACUUUCACAAGCAUUGCACAGAUGUGCAAACCAAGUCAAGCAUCACAGAAUAGAAACAGGUGUAAACUACAGCUGCAUCUUAACAGU